CCGACAGAGGAAUCCGGAGACCAGCGCUCUUGCAGCGGGGUUACCGACCCAGAGAAUCCGGAGACCAGCGCUCUUGCAGCGGGGAGAUUUUGGGGAAACGUCGCGGGGCUCCCCGGUCGGAGCUCCGGGUUGCUCCCAGCUAGAUGUUACAUAAAAGCCUGAAAGAAGACAUAAAUCCUGAAUGAGCUCCGGUAGUUGCAUGCUGCGGGUCCGACCCGGUUCUGACGGAGUACAAAAAGAUGAAACUUUUGGACAGUUUGUCCUCGCGGAGGCGGUUCUUCUGGACCCAUGUGGCGGAUUAUUAUCGCUGUGCCUGCUGGGAAAUAAAUCAGUUAAAGUGAUGAAUAUUUUUUUUAAUUUUUUGUAUUAACUCUACAUUCGUGUCUGUGUGCUCCUGAGAGGUUUUUCAUGUAUUCUGAUUCCGGUUCUGGUCUCUGCGGGUCUCGGAGCUGAUAAGAGAAGACACGCGGAUGUUAAGCGGGGCUCCGCGAGUUGCGCGGCCGCGCAUGGAGCGCUGCGGGCGGCCGCUGCUGCUGCUGCUGCUCGGUCUGCUGCUCCGGUUCUGCUCCGCAGUCAUCGACGACAGGCUCAUCUCCGACCGGUACGCGGUCUACUGGAACAGCUCCAACCCCAGGUUCUCCCGUGGCGAUUACACGGUGGAGGUGGCGAUCAACGACUACCUGGACAUCUACUGCCCGUACUACGAGGGGGCGGAGCCACCCGGGCGACAGGGGGCGGGGCCAGCGGAGCGGCAGGGGGCGGGGCCAGCGGAGCGGCUAGAGAACUACAUCCUGUACAUGGUGAACUACGACGGCUACACCAGCUGUGACCACCGGCGGACCGGCUUCAAGCGCUGGGAGUGCAACCGGCCGCUGGGCGCCAGCGGGCCGCUCAAGUUCUCCGAGAAGUUCCAGCUGUUCACGCCCUUCAGCCUGGGCUUCGAGUUCAGGCCGGGACACGAGUACUACUACAUCUCGUCUCCACAUCCCAACCUGGCGGGGAAACCCUGUCUGAAGCUCAAAAUCUACGUCAAACCAACCAAUGACUCUGUGUACGAGUCUCCGGAGCCCUUCCUGACGGACGACACCACCGGUGGCUGCGGCCUCGCUGGGCCCUGCCAUUCGCUGCUGGCCGCCAUGUUGCUCGCCAUCCUCCUCAUCAUCGCCUCCUCUUAGCCCCGCCCCCCGCUGCCGGCCGUCACGAUGCUCGCCAUCCUCCGAAAAACCCAGAGACAAGAAAACAAACCCGGCGCCCCCCUGGCUGCUCAGCCAAUCAGAGGAGGAGCCUGGAGUUUAAAUUCUGCAGAAAAUUCUUUAAAGUUCUGUGUCUCCCCGCUGCAGGCCGCCAUCCUCCACACCUCCUCACAGCCGCCUCUUUCCUCUUCCUUCAUUUGGACGGAUCUCCGUCUUCCCAUCGCUCUGCGGAUAAAACCCGACAUAGGAAACAAAACCCGCCC